CUUUAGUCUCUAAUUAGAAUAAUAAAGAUAAAAAACAUUUGUUAAUUUGGGACCACAGAAAAGUGGUCCUUUUUGGAGGUGGUCAUUAAAUGGAUGGUCCUUAAUUAGAGAGAGAUCUUAUUUUGUGUUGAUAUUCGUUUAAAUUGUUUUGUUUACAUCUGUUUUGUUCCAGCGUUACUGGUAAUGAAACUUUGUACUGCUAAAUUUUAGAAUAUAACAAAACACAGUAUUAUAAUAAUAUUGAACCCUAACAUUGCUCAUUGCCAAUAUCGUAUACUUAUGCAUUGUUGGAGAGGGCCUAUGAAAUGGCGGUGAGUUUAAGAACAUGAGCGGCUUCUUUAAAAUUGUACAUAUGCCUACCUAAAUAAAUCAGGACCAUUUCGAGGCGGUAUUACUUUUUUUUACGUUGGUUGCUCUAUCAUAUUUUCUUAUGUGGUAAACUUGCAAUAGUUAUCUCUUGUCAAAAAAUUUUAAUUUUCUUCUAAUAAAAUAAAUAAAAUGAGAAUCUAAUAAUACACACAACGAUUAAAUUUAGGUACAUUAAAAAUGCCUAUUAAUAAGAGAAUAGACCAAUGAAAAAAACAAAAUUCGUGUAAGAUCUAUUCAACAUUUUAAUUGAAAGUUUAUUUUUUCCUUUUUGUUGGCAGGCAGUAUAAUCGAAUGUCUUCAAAGAAUACUUAUGCUAUCUGGUUAGCAUAUAUAAAUAUAACUUAUUUAUUACCAGUUUGUCAGACCAUGUUUACGUAGGAAAUAAACACACAUAAUGUACAAAGGUGAAAUUUGAAGUUAACUUUAUCAUCUGAAUUAUCCAGAGCAGUAAUUUAUUAACAAUUUGAGGAUAUAAACAAACAAUAAAAAUACUGUAAUUAUAGGUCUAUCGUGCAUUCAAGCAACAAUAUCAGCAUACAGUUCCGCUAACGCCAUCACGCAACAGCAGCACGUAAACCACUAUGAUUGUGGGACAUGCGGGUACUUAUUCCUGAAAUUUUUCUGAUUAGUAACGUUUGCUUGAUACUCGGGAAAUGUUCACUAACGGAAGCUGUGAUUCACUGAUGAUGUUACAAUUAAAUAUGGACAAUAUAACAAUCACAGUGAAUGACUACCUCUACUUGAUCCAAACCACAAACUGCUAAAAUUAUAUUCAAGUAUUUUAUAUUCUGCUGAAUCAUGUCACUAUUCGUCUUAACAUUAUUUUUUCGAAGAAAGUUAAACCUACAGCGUGAACGUUGCGUUAAGUUCUCAUUUAGGCAUACCCCACCAUAACAUUGUACGGUAGCAACGCAAGAAUACACAAUGCAGAAUAUUAAAUGAAAGAGUUAAAGAGCUUGUGAGUUUCAACAAAUUAAUAGACAAUAAAGUAUUUAAAAUUGUUAUAGUCCUCUCAAUUAUCCUGAACAUUGUACGCCAAUUAUAACACGCAAAUACUGAACACCAUUGUUAUAUUCAUUUUAUAGACGCUUAAAUUUGAUGAUAAUCGAGGUAAUCCUUUCAAUUCAAUUUUAUUAUUUUAGGCCUAUAUAGUGAAUUAACUUUACUAUGCCGACUUUAUUAUUCAUAUUAUAUUAAUGGUCCUUUUAUUCAUAACCACACCAGUUAAAUAAAUUCAAUUAAAUUUAAAAAAAAAAGAGCAAAAAACAUUUUACUAUCCAUAGGGGCAUCAUUGAUCGUUAUCGUUUUACAUCGUCUGGCCUUUGAAAUCAUGCCUCAAAUUUCUUCAAUAUAUUUUUGGUGACAUGAACUGAUGAUAUUUUAACGUUAUGCCUAUACACUAUUUUCAUUGGUUAUUAUAUUUUAAAGAAUCAUUGUGUAGAAAAAAAAAACCCGUUUGAUAUAAAAUAAAGAAAAUCAUGAAAAAAGACGAUGAAAGAAAAAAAUGCGGGUUAUCUUCACAAAAUGACAUCAAACAUAAUUUUUGAUAUGAUAUAAUACAGGUCUGAAAGAGUCAAUUUCACUCUAAACGAGUGCCUAAAAGAGUAUCUAUCAUUCCAAUUUAUCUCUCUCUAGAGUGAAAAUUCACUCUUAAAUGAGUGAAUAUUAUUCUUAAAAUAGUUAAAAGUGGUAAAAUUCAUUCUGAACAGAGGGAAAUCUUACACUUUUUCACUUUAUCUAUAUUUCACUCUUUUUUUUUACUCUUUGUGCUAAUUAAAUUUGAUGAUUUUACUUACUAUAUUGAUGAAUAAAGCUGAUGGCGCAUCACAAAAGAGAAAAACAAUUUCUCCAAUCCCUUAACAUAAACAUUAUAGUUUUAUGAUACAAUAAAGAUACAAGAUACAAGAUAAAAUCAUAUUAUUUUAUUGUCACUAGUAGGGCCUACACAAAAUACAAGUAAAAUUCGUCUUCCCAAUGCAAAAAUUAGUACAGAGUUAGACAAAAAAAUAAACGAAAGACAGGAUAUACAAAAUGAUACAAUUAAUUACAAGAGUUAGUUACAGUAGUUUAUUUAUUAAAAUCACCAUUGUACAUUAUGGAUAAAGUUAUGAAUAAAAUAUUUUCUUAAUCUGUUUGUAUUGCACUUAAUUGGACGUAAACGACCAGAUCUAUUGAAGGUGUAUUGCAAGAAAAUAGGAUGGGACUGUCUUUAAUUAUGUUAUCGAAUUCCUUCAGUACAUUUUUUGUAUACAUGUUCUCAAAAUUAUCGACAUCAGAGCCGAUAAUUUCAUGAUAAUCAUGAUUUCAUGAUUCUGAGUAUUUUAUGCUUAUUGACCUGAGUUAAAUUUGCUGUACCAUAAAAUACUGUUGCUAACAAGUAUUUAAAUAACACUUAAAAAAAAAUAAUAUUAAGACCUGAGUGCUGACAUUGAAAUACUUAAGUUUAAAUAACCAGUAUCCGCCUCCUUUUCCGGGAACAUGGUGUGGAUGCGGAAUCGAUGCUGACGGUUUGACAGGUGAAUCGUCGUCAGGUGAUUGACUGCGGUUUAAUCUAUAACCUAUACCUAUCCAUCUAACUAUUAACAGGUGAUUGCACCUACCAGCUUUAAAACCUUAUAAAAUAAAUGAAGAGAUGCGCGCAUUGCAUAAUCAAAGAUCUCUUCAAGGAAACACAUAUCGUCGGUACGACACAGACUGAAUGAAUACUAUUUCUGAUUUGACUGAAUCUGAUUGGUAGAAAUAAAUGAAGAUCGGUAUAGAUUUAUGUUAUUCGAUCAGGACACUCAACCAUUGAUAUAGGGUUUUAUUAACGAUAAGUGUAUAUCGGUUGUGUAUUGACUUCGUAAUGGAUUGUAGACUAACUAAUCGUAUAUUCAAAUUAUUCAACAGACAAAAGAAAAAACGAAAAUCGAUCGACCGUUUCGAAAGACCACCGUCAUAUUCUAAAGUUGUGCCAAGUUUCGACCCGCCUCCAUCGUAUUUUGGAAUCAUCGGCACCACCGUACCAAAGACAGGUGAAGAGGCCAACUCAAUUUGUAUUUCGAUUGAGAAUAAGAAGAAAUGCUCAUCUGGUAUUCAAAAGAAACAAUUAUGUUUACCGGAGCUUAGAACUAUACCGAAUGCUCUGGAGGACGACGAUACGCACAUGUUGCUCAUGUUUUCUCGACGACGAACGACGGAUAUCCACGACUCGCACUGCACGCCGCCAUUCCCACAGACGACGUUGCGCGGUCUCAACAGAAUAUCGGAAGUGUAUAACCUUUCUCCACAAACACCGCAGCCACCGGAGCUCCCAGAACAGGCAACCGAUUGGAGGACCAGCCUCUUAUGGAUAGUUCAAUAUUCGCUGAAAUCAACUCUACAAGCCACGAUUGAUCACUUCAAAUCAGUGCUCUCGAGGGCUAUGUUACUACUAUACACGACCAGAUCAUCAUUCCAAAUUUCGGAAGUCGAAUGUCAAAAGCCUGUCAUGUUAAGUGCUCAUAGGUGGCGUGAUUUCAUUAGAGCGGUCGGCUUCAAAGUUGAAGGACCAGGAACAGACACCGAUAUGCAACGCACCUUUUUGGUAAUCACUGAGAAAGUUACUCGAAGCGUCGUUCAGAGGCUCACAAAACUGUUACAUAAUAUGUCAGGUUUACCAUAUGAAGUCCUCCACGUGCUAUCUCAGUUAUCACCCGAAGAAGGCAAGGAUACACACAAGUUUUUAUACCAUUUUUACGGACUUCAAGAUGGCGACUCAUGGGUAAUUUCUACACAUGAUCUCUUGCGGAAUGUUUGGCAUAGGCACAGGCGGCCGUGGCUAUUACUGCAGAACCUUGGAUUUAAAGAAAUUCACAGUAAUCAUAAAGCAUACGUAACUGUUCGUGAUGACAGCUUCAAGCUUUUAAACAACGUCAGGACAACAUUAGAAGUAUUAUGGAUUUUAUUUCUCGAAAGAGAAUAGUUUUGUUCUUUUAAACUUGACUGAAAGACUACCGGUACUGUGUGAAAUAUAUAUAAGAAAUGCUGAGACAGUUUAAAUUCAACCGAAUUAGCUCAACAUCAGAUACAUUUUUGACCAAAUGGAUAAGCACGCAGUCUGAAAAAAAACCACACUAGCCUCCGAAAAUGCAUUGCAUUGCACCGACAAUAUUGCAUGUAGGCUACUCCAUCACCUCAAAAUAAGUGUGAAGAAUGAGCUACGGAUUUGAAUUCCAAGGAAGCC